AGCAAAAAAUAAAUUGUAUGAAAAAUGCGUUUCAAUCAAAUAUAAAAACAUUAAAACAAAACUUUUAAGUUACCUCUGAGUACAAAUUGUUUACAAGAAUGGUACAAACAGAGAUACUUUUAUUUUUAUCUUUGUUUUCAUAUGGUUUGUGCAGUGAGGGUGAUAGAUCUCCCUAUUAUCAGAACUGCUUGAGAGAAUGUGUUAAGAAUCGUUGUACUUCAGGUGUAGUCAAAAAGGCUACAAAAGAUAUACCACCAAUACCAGCGUUAUGGAGUUGCGGAGAUAAUUGCCGCUAUUAUUGUAUGUUCGAUACAGUGGAUCGCUUCGAAGAAAGAGGCUUCCAGAUACCAAAAUUCCACGGGAAAUGGCCAAUCAGAAGAGUAUUUGGUAUUCAAGAACCAGCCUCUGUGUUUGGAUCGAUACUUAACUUGGUGGCAAAUGCGUACAUGUACUCUAAGAUGAGGAGUAAAUUUCCAGUCCGUACCAUGCCAGUUGUAUUAUUCUGGCAUGCCUUUGCUUGGAUAUGUAUGAAUGCCUGGGUAUGGUCCAUAGUGUUUCACACAAGAGAUGUAUACUUCACAGAGUUUAUGGAUUAUGCCGGUGCCCUGUCCAUGGUUAUGAGUUUGUUUGUUGCAGCUGUGAUAAGGGCCUUCUACAGAGCUAAGAAGCUGGUGACAGUAAUAAUAUUAGCGACAUUGCUGUACUAUGCGGAGCACGUCAGAUAUCUGUACUCUGGCCGUAUUGACUAUGACUACAACAUGCAUGUCAAUUUAUUCUUUGGUGUUGUUGGCUCAUUAAUCUGGAUAUUGUGGGCGGGGCGCGAGUGGGCGGCGGGGCGGCGACACGCGUGGUGGCUGCUGGCGUUCACGGCGCUGUCGGCGGCGGCGCUCACGCUAGAGGUGUUUGACUUCCCGCCAAAAUACUACGCGUGGGACGCGCAUGCGCUCUGGCAUUUAAGCACCGCGCCGCUGCCGCUGCUGUUCUAUAGAUUCGUUAUCGACGACCUCAACUACAUACGCACCUCGUCGUCUAUUGAAAAGAGCAAUAUUAAGUUGCCGUAACACAUUCCUGUAAUAUACUGGACUCAAACUUCGCCUCAAUUGAUGCAAUUCAGGAGAUUGAAAAGCGGAAGGGUAAACGGCAAGACAAAACAUGCAUCUUUCGAUGAAGUGCUUAGCUUCGGUAUGUAGAUUUGAUUACACUGUAAUGGCAUUUAUUUUAAAAAAGCUGCUUAUAAGGCAUUAUGUAAAUAAUUAUUAUCAUCUCAAGCAAUACUGACUUUUUUAAAUUAUACACUUCAAAAUUGUUUAUUGUUCAGCUAAAUAUUGUUGAGUGGGUAAUCGCAUAUU